AACUGGACUUCUGUUGAUAGUAAGAAUACUUGAUGUUGUCACCCAUGUCCUUAUAUACAUAUUAUUUCGUAAAAAGACAUCACAGCUUUCUCUCUUCUGCUACUGGGUGAAUCUGUAUUCUGUCUUUGAACCAGAAUGAUCUUAUUUUCCACCUGAAAAUUGAUAUAACCAAAAAAAAAAAAACUUGUGGGUGUAGUACAUAAUCAUACAUGAACAGAGUCAGUGUAGGAAAUCUGACUUCUUGUGGUACUUUAUUUGAUCUUAAAACCAGUUAUAUUGAUAGUCUCUCAUAUCCUGUUACUGGAUGGUGUCUCUGCACCUUUUGACCAACAGUUACAGUCCCAAAACAUUUGAAACACAGCUAAAUAUCCAGAAAUGAGACAAUUGUCAGCAAAUGAUUGUGUCUCUCUAGAGACAUAUACUAGAGGCUACAGAAUACUUUUCUAACUGGCCAUAGAAAACAGCAUUUAGAGAUUGUCUUGGUAUCAUUUUUUUCUGUUCCUUUUUAAAGGUUGUAGAUGAGCAUUAGUCCAGUACAGUCCUCAGAUUUCUAUUUGUUGGUAAUGGUUUGUUCCUACCUGCUUUCAGUCAGGUUGAGUAUUUAGUGCUGAUGAUGUGUACAGAAUGGCCUUUACAAGGUAACUACAAGAAUUCAGUUGCCAUAUUAUAUAUCUCACAAAUCAACAUUUGCCUUUCUUCUGAUAUUCUAAUCAUCAUCAUUCACUUAAAAUGUGUGCACAGAAACUUAGCUUCAAGUACAUUUUCAACCUUCGUCUUUGUCUGUCAAGCCCACGGCCAGUAAGGAUGAACUGUUAAACUAUGACAGAAUCUUUUCAACUGCUAUCGACAGAAAUGAACUGCUUGUUCAGAGCUCUCGGUGACCAGUUGGAGGGUCACUCUCGUGGUCACCUGCGCCUUCGGCAGGAGACUGUCCAAUACAUGAUGUCCCAUCGACAAGACUUUGAACCGUUUGUUGAGGAUGAUGUUCCCUUUGCACAGCACUUGUCCAACCUCUCUCAGCCUGGUACGUUUGCUGGCAAUGACGCUAUUGUAGCUUUUGCUCGUAGUCAACAGGUGAAAGUGGUCAUCCAUCAGCUGAACACACCGCUGUGGGAGAUAAAUGGUGCAGAAAAGCAGGUAUGCAGAGAAUUGCAUAUUGCCUAUCGCUAUGGAGAUCAUUAUGACAGUGUGAGGCGGGUUGGGGAUAACUCUGAGAGUCCUGCUCAACUCCGCAUAGAGAAUUUGCAGAAUUCCCAUGGCCAUCAGCGUGAGUUCGGAGAUGGUCAGAGGGACAGACAGAAAAAGCACUCUCCGACAUCGUCUGAAGAGGAAAACGUGAUUCUGAGCUCCAUCAAGAAUCGAGGAAUCCACGGUGAUGAGGAAAACCUGCUCCAGCUGAGUGCAGCAACAAUAAAUGCUGAAUGGCUCGUUGGCUCUUUACUUGGCCAGCCCUGCCAGGGCCAGUGUACCUCGGAAUCCUGCUCCGCCUGCAGAGCUGCUGCCACAGACUGCAGUGAGCAGAAGCAGCCAGCAGAGGGCAGCAACACACAGAAACUAAAGCUGUCUAACAAGCAGAGAAAAGAGCAGCAGCGACAAGAGAAAAAGAAGCGUCAGGAGGAGAGGCACCGGCAGAAGUUUCUACAGAGUAAAGGAACCCAGGACCAGAACCAGAACCUGCCAGAAGCUGUGACUUUAGUACCAGCUCUCAACACCCUCAGUAUAUAGACUGGAGCAUGGCCUAAAUUCCACACUGCUACUCUUGCUACAGGUGGUGGUCCACAAAGUUUUGCACAUAAUCAAAUUCAGUGGUUCUAUCACAGUGCAUAACUUUUCCUAAAGAGAGCCCUAUAGUUUCUUUGCAAAGAGUAUAACGGUGCCUGCAAACUUGUGUGAGUGAGAUGUGUGAAAGUUGUAAGAGACAGAGUGACAGACAUUGACUGAGUGUUUUUGUUGGAUUUUGAUAUAGUUCCUGGUUUGUGUAUAUAGAAACUCCUCAGACCUGGUCCACCUACAACACCACCUUAGCACCUUUCUAUGUUGGACGUCUGGUUUUCCAUAACAGCCAUGCAGAUAAUCUUGUGCAACCAGGUUUUUCGCUUUGGCACAGAUUUAAUUUGUUUUUUUCUGACAUUCAUGUCAUUCUGUAUGUGAACAAAGAGGAAAGAAAAUGAUUGUAAUGCUCACUGUGUAAGGAAUGUGGCAAUACAUUAUAAUAAAUGAUUUACGAUU